GCCGCACCGUGGAGGUGUACAAUCGAUGUUUUUACUGUGCGCCAGUGGAAGCCAGACCACGCUUAUUGCUGCGAUGGAACUUGCAUGACAGCAUAUCUCAGGAUUUUAAAAUGUUUAAAGAUCAACACAAGGACUUUCUGGGACACAGGAUGAACAUUGUGUUGAUGCCAUACUUUCCCUACAUAAGCUACAGAGUUGAACGCAACGCUUCCGCCACCACAGUUCACCUCGAGGACUCUCUCAACACUCGCAUGGUCAAUUCCCUUGCUCCCUACAUGAACUUCACAUACGAGGGGCGUGAGCCUGCAGACAGACAGUGGGGAGUUCCAGGCAGCGGCGGAAACUGGACAGGCAUCGUGGGAACUCUGCAGCAUGAAUUAGCAGACUUUUCCAUGGACCUGACGCGCACACCCGGGAGAUCAGAGGUUGUCGAAUAUUCAAGGAUAUACAUCGACGAAUCCAUUGUCAUUUUGUCCUCCAAGCCAAAACCCUUGCCUGAGUACUUGUCACUGAUCAGGCCUCUUGAAGGCGAGGUGUGGGGAGCCAUCGUGGUGUGCGUGAUGGUGUGGGGAACAGUUCUGUGGGUGAUGGAGAGACUGUUCCACUGGAUAACUGGACGGCGCUACUUAAGCUUCUCCUCAUCCAUCUUUUACGGCUGGGGGCUGCUACUGCAGGACCACCCCUUCAAGCCUCCCUCCAAUCCGACAAGCCAAAUCCUCGUUGUUUUUUGGCUGCUCGUGUACCUGAUCCUAUCGACAGCCUACAGCAGUUCCCUCAUCUCCCAUCUGGUGGUGAAAGGCAAGUCGUCUGUCAUCAAUAACAUGGAGCAGCUGGCGGAGCGGGGCAAGGAGGGCUGGGAGUGGGGCACUCCUGCGUCCAGGUUGACAGGGUCACACAAGACAUUUUACGUAACGAGUCCUACUCCAGCAAUUAUUGAAGUGCACAACGGCAUCAAGGUAAGCGAGAAUAUUAAGGUUUCCAGUACAAAAUGUGGUUAUUGCCGGUAUAAAUUUGGUAAACAUUGCAUCUUCACACGUGCGUUUUUGAUGUUUAAGAUUACGGAAACAGAAGAAGCAAUGGCGCUAGUGUUGAAGGGCGGUUUCUCAUACAUCGACAGCUAUUACUUCAGCCAAACACUGGUGUCCACCUUCUACACAGACGAGUCGGGCUACACCCCCGUCCACAUCAGUACCACCCAGUACCCGGUGUUCUUCGGCAACGCGUGGGGAUUCCGGUAUAUGCACAUGUUGGGCUCUUAAAUUAUGUCUGACACAUUCAAGUGUUGGAUGUAAGGAAAGAAUCAUGCAAGCAUUUUUCUCACACGGAUUAUUAGGAUACAAACUCAACAUAUUUCAAGGCAUUGUUGUUGUUCUGGUAUCCAUGUUACAAUUUUGUAUGAAUAACCUUUAGAAGUUGCGUACACUU